CGAGUUUAUCCGUAUUCUAAAAAAUAGUAAUUUAAUUCUUCAACGCAUAGAAAAUUUUCAUUCUCUAUACGUAGAGUAUCGAUGUUAGCGCCCCUAUCGAUGAGAAAACGAGACUAAAGCGUUUCUUGGAAGUAAGAGUUCUCGGAAAGAAUUGAUAUGUAGAGUUGUGUAUAUUUGUGAAAAGUUUGUGCGUUAUAGAAUUCGAUUUUGCUUAAUCUCGUUAUGCGUUUCAUUGAAUUUUUCAAGUAAUUUAUAAAUGUAAUAUUUUGAACGUAAAAAAUAAGAUAAAUAAAUAGCUCUAAAGCAAGUAAAUAUGGAGUAUGAAAAGAUAACCUCAAAAAGUAAAGAUGAAAAUUUGAAAAAAAAGGAAUGGCCAGGUAUUCGGACGUAUGAAAAUUUUGUAACGCGAAUCGAACCAAAUUUGCUUAUCAUAGAGAUAGGCCGAUUAAUACCGUAUAUAAAAGGAGAAAAUAUUAAAUUUUUUCCUCUUAAUAUGCCAUCUAUUGAAAUAGGAUUUAUACAUAUAAUAGGUAUUAUUCUACAAGUUUCUAAUUUCGGAAAUUAUUACGAAUUCCAAGUCGACGAUGGUACAGGAAUAUUAAGUGUAAUGUAUAAUGCAAAACGCUACUUUUCUGAAAAAACGAAACGCCUUAAACCUCAGAAUUCAAAUAAUGAUCAAAAAAGUACAGAGAGUAUUCAGAAAAUUGAUGAUUUACAACCUGGUAAAUACGUGCACCUGGGAGGAUUCUUAUCGUUGAAUAAUUAUAAAAAAACUAUUUCUACCGACUUUAAGAAUAAAGAUCCUUCAGAAAAUUUUUGGUGCAGUCAACCGCUGUUACAUGUUAUAAAUUUACAAUUCAUUAGCGAAAAAGAAUAUUACAAAAAAAUGUAUGCCUGGUUUGGAAGUGGAGAAAGCAGAUAUACUUGAAUGAUAUUAGUCUUAAGUAAUAUCUCUAUAAUGCCUAAUAUAUCUUAAGUUACAUGUUAUAUUUUAUAUCAUUUUCUACAUUGUAUGAAACAUUAUGCGUCGAAUAGUAUAUUUUAAGUAAUAUUAAAAGCCUUUUUUUACGAA